UCAGGAGGCGGGCCUUGUCUGCUUUCAAUCAAUAACCUCUGGAAUUCAGAAAUACAAGUAGGUCCUGUCUCGGGCAGGCUGUACCACACAACUCUGGAGGGCGGACUCCCACACAGACUCCACUCUACGCUCUCUGCUCCUGGCAUUUUUCUGUCGUGAAAAGUUGACAAUGGCUGAUCACACGUCCCCGGACUACUUCAGCUGCACCCUGUGCGUGAACCUCCUGAGGGAUCCUGUGGCUAUCCCAUGCGGCCACAGCUUCUGCAUGGACUGCAUCAGCGGGUACUGGAACGAGGCAGACUACACCGGGAUUUACAUUUGCCCCCAGUGCAAGAUCACCUUCACUCAGAGGCCCGUGCUGCGCCCCAACGCCACACUCAGUAUGGUGGCCGAGAAGAUCAAAAAGAGCGGUUUCAACCUCAACGUCAACGUCAACACGCCCCAGGGGAACGGCUACGCCGGGCCGAGCGAUGUGCCGUGUGACUUCUGCUCCGGGAAGAAACUCAAGGCCGUGAAGUCCUGUCUCAACUGUCUGGCGUCUUACUGCGAGAAGCACCUGAAGCCUCACUACGAGUCAGCCACUUUUAAAAGGCACAAGUUGGUAGACGAGCUGGGGAACCUGGACAGGAAGAUCUGCCCGCAGCACCAGAAGUCAUUGGAGCUCUUCUGCCGGACCGACCAGAUGUGUAUCUGUGCCAUCUGCACGGUCAGUGAACACAAGGGACACGACAUCGUCUCCGCCGAGGCCGAGAGGAGUGAGAAACAGAAACUCUUGGGAAUCUCCACAGCUGAGAUCAGGCAAAAAUGCCAGGAGAGGGUCAAGGAGCUGGACGAGCUGAAGACCGCGGUGGAUUCAUUGAAGAACUCGGCCCAGAGAGCGAUGUUGGAGAGUCAGAAGAUGUUCGAGGACAUGAUUCGCUCCAUCGAGAGGAUGAGGUCGGAGGUGACCAAGCUGAUCGGUAUCAACGAGAAGGCCGCGUUCAACCAAGCCGAGGCUCUGAUCGAGCGUCUGGAACAGGAGAUUGACGAACUGAAGAAAAAAGAGUCGGGCUUGAAGCAGCUUUAUGGUACUGAUGACCACAUCCACUUUUUGCAGAACUUCAACUACCUGUGCACGCCCACCGACGACGGCUUCAUACCAAAGGUGACGGUUAACCCCGACUUUUCCUUUGGGGCCGUCAGAAAAGCUGUAGCCGAGAUUAAAGAUCGACUGGAAGAGUUUGGAAGGGAGGAGUUGCUGAAGAUCUCCAAGACAGUGAAUGAAGUUCCGGUCUACACUACAGAGAGUCGAACACUGGACAGAAGGAGCAGAGGUAAAGAUCAUAAUAUGACGACUGUGGACAGUGCGCCGUCUACUCCAGAACCAAGGAGCAGAGCCGAUUUCGUCAAAUACUUCUGCCAGCUGAAGUUGGAUCCCAUCACAGCCUACAAGGAGCUGUACAUCUCAGAGCACAGCAGAAAAGUCAUCCGUACCAGAGACCUGCAGCCCUAUGGAGACAACCCAGAAAGGUUCGAUAGUUUUGCGCAGGUUCUGUGCCGGGAGGCCCUAUCCGGAGGUCGCUUCUACUGGGAGAUCGAAUGGAACGGGGAGUUCUCCAUCGGAGUGGCCUACAGGAGCAUCAGCCGGAAGGGCAAAGGUUCGCUGUGUCUGCUGGGCUACAACGAUAGAUCCUGGAGUCUCCUCUGCUCCGACACGGGGUACUCGGCCUGGCACAACAGGGUGGACAAAGCCGUCAGCGGCCCCCAUUCCCCAAGAAUAGGAGUGUACUUGGAUCACCCUGCAGGCGUGCUGGCAUUUUAUAGCAUCGGCAGCAGCAUGACAUUGCUGCACAGGUUCGAGACCACAUUCACUGAGCCCCUUUAUCCGGGUUUUGGAGUCGGAACCUCGGUCAAAAUCUGCAACAUGAAAUGAACACUGAAAAAAAAAUCACUUACAAUUGAGAUAUUCCGGUCUUUGCUUUUGGAAUGUAUAUUUUUAUAACCAUUUUGCAAAUGUUACAUUGUUUGGUUAUUUUCCAGAUUAUUUUUGAAGCAUCUCAUGAUGGAUUUUGCAUUUUGUUCUGUAUCACUUUGGGAAUAUAUUCACCAAAAGCGCUGUAAAUGUAAUGUUUAAAACCUGGUCAUAACAUUCAAUUUUUACACAUUUAUCUUUGCUAAAUGUGUGCAGAUGGAUUUUCUUAUGAAAAUUAUCAUUGAAUGCAUUAUCACAUUACUCUUUAUGGAAGGUUUGUACAAUGAUGAUAGCCAUCCACUCUGGCGUAUAGUAUUUGUAGAAAUAUAUUCUAUUUUCCACAGCCUGUAUUUGCCUUCUCACAGUUCAACUAACCCUUAUUUAAUUUUAUGCAUGCAUAUUUACAGAAAAAGAAGUCACUGGAUUAUCCAGGAGAGUCUUGUUUUUUGGAAAAAAAUAUCCUAGUUUUGAAUAAAGAGCUAAAAGAAAAUGUUGAAUUUCCAUUAGUUACAUACACAGGUAAGUAUUAUAACUGUUGCGUGCACUCAGAGAGCUCCCCCUAUUGGCUGAUGACAGGUAUUCAAAUGUAAAAACAAUUGAAAUAGUGAUUUUAGUCAGUAUAUUGUACUGUAUGUAGCAAUACUGCCAUUUUAGUUACAUUUAUGGAAAUUUCAUACACUUAUUUUGGUUGAUCCAAAUUUGGUGAAUACCCCCUCCUCCUACAUAUGUAAGCAUGGAUGAUAAGACAAGUUUUUAUGUAAUAGACAUCUUUUUAUUGAUCCCCAGAUAUUUUGAAGGAUGUAGAGCAUAUGAUGCUCAAGAGACAAAGAAAAAACGACUGACAGUCCAAAUGUUUAAACAUCAUAACCAAUAAUUCCUCCUUUCCCAAUGCACUCGCCGAUGUAAAACCACAUCAGCACUUCUGUGGCAACCAGCCCGUUCCUUAGAGCGUCCUGCAGGGGGAAACAAAACAUAUAUUAUUCAGACAAAUAAAUGUUUGCAAAUGAAACAACAGACAUGGUGAAUUACCAGGAGUGCGUAAAGUAUACUAUUAUUAUUCUUCAUGCAAACCCACAAAGGGGUUGAAGCCUUAUGAACAAAAUUUGUUCCAUUCCAGCGGGAAUGUAAAAAAAAUAUAUAACAGGGAAGUAGCCAAAUCUGCUGGAGAAUGGAAAUAGGAAACAGAAAAUUCUAAGGAGGAAAUGGACUUCUAAUAACAGAAGCUGUUGUGUUCAGUAUCCCACUGUAAAUGAUGGUGGUGGUGAUGCCCGUGUUUGCGUGACAUGAGGAAGAGUAUGAAAAGUGGUUCAUUUUGUUGGGUAUCACAGAGACAGGGCGCUGAUCAUUUCCAAGCCUGGUGAUGUCAUAAUGCUAGGUAAUGAAGAUCUAGAUUAAUGGUAGUUUAGUUAACUAGUUAGUUAACGUGGUAUACCUUAUUAGACGUUGUUACCCAUUUAUGCAGCAGUCUUUCCCUUCAGGAAGGUUAUGUUUUAUACUUAAAAUUAUGUUUUAUACUUGUGUUACAAUUCUUCUGACACGCCUCACCCCACCCAGUUGUUCCUUCGACCACUAGUCGGCAGUGCUUCCACUUUACGCGAAAAAUUGAAAAUGUAAAUUGUGUGUUCUAAUUGUGGUGCCUUUGUUUUGCGUCCAUCUGGAAGGUGUCAAUUUGCUUGGCAUUGAUGGGGGUGCAGAAGAUAACAUACGAGAGGAUGUUUUAUUUUU